UCAACAAGUGCACACCAGCAACUAGUUCCUGAAUUUUGACCGUAGUUUUAAAAUAGGAGACGCGUUUCUUAGUGGAUCUUUCGUGGUUGGUGAAGCUUACAAGGAAAACCCUCCACCAGCAAGAUGGUCAGCGGAGGCCGAGAAUGCAUCAGCAUCCACGUGGGUCAGGCCGGGACCCAGAUGGGCAACGCCUGCUGGGAGCUGUACUGCCUGGAGCACGGCAUCCAGACCGACGGCACUAUGUUAGCGGACGAGUCUGUUGGGUACGAGGCAGACGACUCCUACAACACCUUCUUCAGCGAGACGAGGACGGGCAAGCACGUCCCGAGGGCCGUCUUCAUAGAUCUGGAACCCACCGUUAUUGAUGAGAUUAAGACAGGCACCUACAAGGCACUAUUCUCACCAAACACACUCCACACUGGUAAAGAAGAUGCUGCUAACAACUAUGCCCGUGGCCACUACACUGUCGGUAAGGAGCAGCUGGAUGUUGUUCGGGAAAGUAUUAGAAAACAAGCUGACAUGUGCUCAGGGCUUCAGGGCUUUCUUGUCUUCCAUUCUUUUGGCGGAGGCACUGGCUCGGGCUUUGGCUCCCUCCUGAUGGAAUACUUGUCCCUUGAAUAUGGGAAAAAGUCAAAACUCUGCUUUUCCAUCUACCCUGCACCACAGGUCUCAACUGCAGUGGUUGAACCGUACAAUUCCAUCUUGUUCACCCACACAACGCUGGAACAUGCUGACGUGACAUUCAUGGUUGAUAAUGAAGCCAUCUAUGACCUUUGUCAGAAAGAGCUGCACAUCACCCGACCCACUUACACUAACCUUAACCGCAUGAUUGGCCAAGUCGUCUCCAGCAUUACCGCUUCACUGAGGUUUGAUGGCGCAUUAAAUGUUGAUUUGACCGAAUUCCAAACAAACUUAGUGCCAUACCCUAGGAUACAUUUUCCACUGGCUACAUAUGCACCAGUAGUAUCAGCUGAAAAUGCCUUCCAUGAAAAUUUUGAUGUUCGAUCCAUAACUGCCAAGUGCUUUGAUACAUCCCAUCAAAUGGUAAAGUGUGACCCCAAAAAAGGAAAAUACAUGGCAUGUUGUCUCUUGUUCCGUGGUGAUGUUGUUCCCAAGGACGUAAGUGCAGCCAUUGCAGAGACACGCACUAAGAAGAGCAUCACUUUUGUUGACUGGUGCCCAACUGGCUUUAAGGUGGGAAUCAACUACCAGCCACCAACUGUAGUGCCUGGUGCUGACUUGGCCAAAGUUGACAGAGCUGUUUGUGCCCUUUCAAACACAACUGCAAUCAAAGAUGCAUGGGAACGCCUAGACCAUAAGUUUGACUUAAUGUACUCUAAGAGAGCCUUUGUACAUUGGUAUGUUGGAGAAGGCAUGGAAGAGGGCGAGUUUGCAGAGGCUCGGGAAGACUUGGCAGCACUGGAAAUGGACUACCAGGAGGUGGAGCAGAACCCACCAGAUGAGGAUGGCGACGACUACCAAUAGCUCUUCACUCCUGUACAUUCUGAGAAUAACUCCAACUAGUUCUUCACUCUACAUGAUAGUCAUCUACAACUAGUUCCUCAUGCCUCUAUAUCUUGGGAACAGUUAUACCUAGCUCCUUACGUCUUUACAUUCUUAGUGAUGAUCCACUCGAUGAUUGCUUUCUGCUAGCUUUAAUGUUUUUUAUAUUUUUAAUACUUAUUGUACACAGUUUUUAAUUUAACUAUUUUAGAUUGUAUCACAUAUUUUUAUGACAUAUUUAGUAUAUAUCAUGUCAGGGUAACUUUUUGUACUUUACUCUAGUUAGGCUCAGGGCUCCAGCUGCACCACAUUUCAAUGUUGAUGGAAUGUGUUUAAAUAAGUACAGUAGAUAUAUUUUGAUAGGUCAGUUUUGUUUGAUAAACAGGUAGAAUUUGGUUGAUAGAUAUACAGUAAUGUGAUUGGCAAUCAGAUUGGAGCUGGCAGACAAACAUAUACAAGGGGUUUAUUAAUAGACAGGAUUUGAUAGGCAAAAUGAUGCUUAACUUAAAUAAUAGGCAGUAUUGCAUUUGAAACCAAUAUUAAAGGGAACAAAAUAGGUAAAGUAUACAGUACAUUGAAAAUGUUCAGUGAUUAGAAAGUUAAUAAAAGUAAAAUUUAUAUUAAAUAAGUAUAUUACUUAAAACUAGUGGAUGCAUUAUAUGUAUAAUUAACAUGCUGGUGGAUACAAAUGUUAAAAUGUUGACUAUUUCUAUACAGUAUAACACUAGUGCUGUAUGGUACUAGGGGAAGGUCAUCAUAAUGAACAAUUAUAUUAGUUUAGAUAGUAUAAGAUGAAUUACUAGCACAAGGUUAUAAGGUAUUAUUAUGUUUUAUUUUUAUUUAUAUUUACUUACUUAUACAAGAGUUCUUACAUUCGUGUAAAGCCACUAGCAUAACGUUUCAGGAAGGUGUUGUUACUAUGUACAUACUAUUUAAUAUUGUAGCUUGCAUAAUGAGGAGAAUAAGAGUAGAGUGGGGUUCCACUGUGAGGCAGUUGGAAGCUUCUUUGUUACUUUUGUUAAUACUAGUACUGUAUAUAUACAUUUUGUAGUUUUUUAUCUCAUUAGGAAAGGAGUUCCAUACUUUAGGUUCCUUUAUUUGCUUGGCAUUUUUGCAAAUAUAGAGUGGGAUUUAGGGCAUGUCAAUAAGUUAGAGUACAGAACAGUACUUGUUCGAUGUUCAUGAAUUAAGUUAAAUCCCCCUAGAGAGAGUGAGUUUAAAGUCUGACUUAACAUUGGAGUUGAUCAGAAUACUGUAUUACUAAUUAAAAACUUUUACUGUAGUUAAAUGUGGAUUACAGUUCUCUUACAUCAUUAAAUUACUUUCAUUUAUAUACAAUAAUAUUGUAAUCCAGGUUAAUUUUUAUGGUAAACAAUUGUGUUAAGUUUAUUGGCACAUUCAUUAUAGAAAUGUGUGUCCACUUUAUAUAGUGUGCAAGUUACUCGGUAUGUGUUAUAUUUGUUGUGCUCGCCAAGAAGUUUAAUUUAAAAAAAAUAAAGUGCCUUGCUUAUCAACUAGAAGCACUGGUCUAAAUGAACCUAAGUGGUGUCUUUUCUCAUCACCUAAGAAAUCAAUGUAAAAUUAGAAGCUUGUUAUUCACUGUAGUAUAAAUGCAAGUAUAAAUAAGCUUAAGAAGCAUUUCAAGAGAAUUCUGUUAGUUUCAGAGCACAUUUUAAUGGAGAUAGAUUUUUCUUCCAAAAUGUUGAAGAGCGAUUUAUAAUAUUCAGUACAGUAUAUCCCUUCAGGAAUACAUGAUGUAAAAUGGGAAAGAAAAUUUUUUACUCUUAACAAAAUUAAAUAUAAUAGUGACAAAUAUGUCUAUUAAAUUCAUGUAUGGUAGUCUUCCAGCACAGGCAAGAACAAUCUACAGUACGGAGAAAGCAAAGUUCCAGGCUAGGUUUUAGUUCCCUGGAGGUAGGCUGCUUGGUCAAGGGAUCUUUUAUGAAGACUUGUCCCCAGAAUACUGAGUGUAACAGAUAAAACCAAACUGUCACUUUGGUUUGGCUAAAAUAUUUACAAAAGAGCAUAUUUUAGAAAGAUAAAUAUUUCUUUCCUUUGCUGCUUGUACAUUUAUGCUAGACUUCUCAAGAAAAUAAGAUAAAUCAAAUAGCCUUUUACUUAAAUGGCUAAUGCUUUAUCCUGAGAUGAUAACCACAUUUACUAGAUGUAUUUUAUUCCAACAUUGCUCAUGUCCUCCAUUGCAGAGGAGCAGCCCACAUGUGUUAACUCCUGAGCUGCCUGUAACCAUACCAUAUAUUUGAUAAUUAUAUAACUGGGAAUUCACAUGCAGUACAAUACAGCACCUCAAAUGGUGUUAAAAUGAAUUGAAUUACUAUACAGACAGGCAGGCUGCAAUCUGUGUGUGUAAUGUUUUUUCACUAUUCUCAGAAUAUACGUAAUGCCUAACAGGAUAUUAUUACUAAAUACUGUAGCCACAAAUGCAGUACAAUAUAUGAUACACAGUAUGUGUACAGUAAAUGCAGUACAGUACGGCAUUUACAUACAUGUACAUACAUGAUGUGUGAUAGAUGCCAUGAAUGUAGUUUAGAAAUUGCGUAAAACAUGAGCUACAUAGUCAGAGCAUGGUAUUGCAGUAUUGUGCACCAAUACAAUGUCUUGGCUACACAAAUUUUGUUUGCCAUUUCACAUAUGGGAGAACCCACCUUAACUAAGCUCAAAACUAAAUUGUGCAGGUUGAAAUUCAUGUUACUUAAACUCGGGCAGAGUACAGUACAUGUAUAAGGCAUAUAAAGGUGGCUACCUAUACAGAUACUAAGAGUUAUAUAGUAUCUAUAUACAGUAAAUUAUGGAUUAUUAUAUAGGUCAUCUAAACACUUCUGUAUUGUGGAAUUAACCCAGCAGAUUUAAAUUUGUAACUAAAGCCUUAAGGGCUGAGGAUUUCUUUUUACUAUUUGAACAAGAACACCUUCAGCAACCACUCAUUCCUUUUGUUUUAUAAGCAUAACAAUGAGAAUUUCUUGUUCACACAUACACUUGUACCUUGCAUUGUAUAGCACAUUAUUGUGAUAUUUGUAUUUGUUGAAGGUGACUUGUUAUACCUAUCCUCAGUGUCUGUGAUAUUGUCUAGUCAUGAAUUGCUCAAUAAAGUUACAAAAUGUA